AUGGGCGAAGACAAGGGCAACUGCCUCGGUUCCUGCUGCAAGGGCAUCUGCAACCUGCUCAAGGGGCUGUGCAACUGCCUCUGCGGCAUCUGCAAGUGCUUCCGCUGCCUCUGCUCCUGCUGCUGCAAGAAGCGCAAGUCAGAGGCAGAGCAGGACGCCGGCGGCGCGAUCUUCCUUAGCCUUACGCGAGCAAGCCCGGCAGGGUGUUCGGCAGCUAUGCAAUGCAUUAGCCCUCACGCUGGCGACUCUCCCUCCUUCCCUGCUCAGGCGGCGGCGGUUGCUCCAGCAGCCGACUACAUCCCGCCGGCGCCGUCCGGUCCGGCGCCAUCUGCCCCGAUUCCGGAGGGGUCUCAGGUAUUGGACGCGGCCCCAACGGCGCCCCCGCCCGUUCCGCCGAUGGCGCUGAAUCGGAAGCAGUCCGUUGAACUUAUCUGGUCAACGAUCGACAAGAAUGGUGAUGGCAAGGUGUCGAAGCGCGACAUGAAGACUGCGAUCAAGGCGCACGGCCCCGAGUUCAAGGAGCGGCUUGGCCUCAAGCGGCUGAAGGACGUCAACGACUGGUUCGAUCUUGCCGACUAUGACCGCGACGGCAUGGUCUCGGCGCGCACAUUCGACUCGAUGCUCGAAAAGCAGGAGAAUAAGCUCAACCCGCCAAAGACCAAGCGGUGA